CCGUCAUGAAGCUUAAAGAAAUCUACAGGACGUCCACUUUUGCGUGGUCACCGACCGCGUCGCUCCCCCUUAUUGCGACUGGCUCGGUUGCUGGCGCACUCGACGAGUCUUUUUCGAAUGAAUCUCAACUCGAGAUAUGGCAACCUGAUUUCAUGGACAAGAACGAAUAUGAUCUCGGAGGAGAUGGUUUGCCUGCCCCAAAGGGCGCGGUCACCGACAGCUCAAGGUUCAACCGUCUUGCAUGGGGUCAAGUGCAUAGAGACCGCUCACGUGGUGUCAUUGCAGCUGGUAUGGAGAACGGCGAACUUGCCCUGUGGGACCCAGCAAAAAUUAUUGAUAAUGCCGACGUCUGUGAAUCUUUGAUCCUUCGCAACACCAGUCAUACUGGUCCUGUCCGUGGCCUUGAUUUCAACCCCAUACAAACAAACCUUCUGGCUUCUGGUGCCAUCAACGGCGAGGUUUAUAUCUGGGAUCUCAAUGACCCGUCGAAGCCGUACUCUCCUACGCCAGGCACGAGGAGCACAAAGCUUGAUGAAAUCACUUCUGUUGCUUGGAACCAACAAGUACAAUACGUGCUUGCAGGCGCUAGUAGUACGGGCUAUACUGUAGUAUGGGAUCUGCGAGGGAAACGUGAGGUAGUCGCCCUUGCUUACGGCGGUGGUGCGGGCACGCUUGCAGGCCAAAGUGGCGUUGGUAGUGGAAUGGCCGUUGGCGGCAGACGCGGCAUGAGUGCGAUUGCGUGGCACCCUGACAAUGCAACUCGUCUUGUCACAGCUUCCGAGGAUGACUUGUCUCCCGUCAUCAUGGUUUGGGAUCUUCGAAACGCACGCGCACCGGAAAAAAUCCUUACGGGGCACGAGAAGGGUGUUCUGUCGCUCUCGUGGUGCAAGCAUGAUGCAGACCUCUUACUUUCAUGUGGAAAGGACAACCGCGCCCUCUGUUGGAACCCGCAGACAUCUGAGAUCAUCGGCGAGCUUCCUUCUGCGGGUAAUUGGGCUUUCCAAGUGGAAUGGUGCCCACGAAAUCCUGAUCUCCUGGCUACCGCUUUCUUCGAUGGCACGGUUGGGAUUCAUUCUAUCCAGUCUACGAAUGAUGCUACAAUUCCCCCUGUGACCCCAAAACUCGAUGGUGCAGAUGUGUUUGACGUGCCAGGUUACUCCCGUACCACGGCUCCGACGCUCAGUCUUAAACAACCACCCAAGUGGCUCCGCCGCCCAUCUUCCUGUUCGUUUGGGUUCGGCGGGCAACUCGUCAGCGUUGGUAAUUUACCUGCAGCCUCAGGGAAAAACCAGAGCAGCGUAGUGCACAUCCGAAAAGUUAUCACAGAGACAGAUAUCGUCGACCGGGCGCAAAAGUUACAACAAGCUGUGGAUACCAAUACCUUGAGCACAUUCGCAGAAGAGCGGGUACGCUCGGAGAAAGCUGGUGAAGAUGGCUGGAAGGCCCUCCUCAGGACGAAGCUUGUCACGCUGUUAGGUUACUCUAAAGAGGAGAUCAAGGGGCGUGUCGAGGAAGCGGUUGCGAAGCUGAAGGAGGUUGUAUCAGUCAACACGUCCAGCUAUAGCGUGGAUGAAGCUGGUGCGGACCUAGCGAAACCCCACGAGCCAGUGGUGUCCUUUGCAGAACCAGAAGCACAAUACGAUGGCAGUGAAGAGGAUUUGUCGACAAUGGGUGUUGAAAAGACGCCUUCGGAGGUAAGCGCCAGCGUUGCAUCCGACGCCGUCCAGGUCACAGAUGGUGAAUCCACGACUACUGCUCCAAGUCUCUUUGGUGAUGAAGGUGCCCUUGGUACACCCCAGAUGGAUGCGGGUGCUGACUUCUUCAGCACAAUCGGUGCUGCGCCCGAACUCGAAGUGCCUCAUCAUAACUACGGUCUUGAUUCAAGUGUCGCUGCUACCAUUGGGUCUGGUCCUUCGAGUGUAGCAAGUGAGAACCUGAAGAACACGUUCAAGAUCUACCCCUCUGACGAGAGUGAGACGGAUGGGCUGGUGACGAAAGCACUGGUGCUUGGCGACUUCGAGUCUGCUGUUUCGUUGUUCCUACUCGCGAUCAAGGGUGGCGAAGAUCUUCUUCAACGCACCCAGAAGGCUUACUUCGAACGGCGUACCACCUCAUAUCCCUAUCUUCGUUUAUUCCAGAGCAUUGUCACCAAUGAUCUCUCGGACAUCGUACAAAAUGCCGAUCUGCGAGAAUGGCAGGAGAUAUUUGUGGUGCUGUGCACCUUUGCGAGCCAGGAGGAGUUUUCGAACCUUGCGGAGCAACUUGGGAGUAGGCUGGAAUUCCAGAGCAGUCUGAUGCAUGAAGGCAGUGCAGAGAAUGAGGACGAUUCCCUUGAGUUGAGGAAGACGGCGACUUUGACAUAUCUAGCUGCAGGAAAGCUGGAAAGACUCUUGAACAUCUGGAUCGAGGAGCUCGCCGAAGAGGAGAUUUUGUUAUUGGAUGAUCAAGAUCAACUGAACAGUUCGCGGUAUGCAGCCCAUGCCUUCGCUUUACACACUUUCAUAGAGAAGGUGACCGUAUUCCGCGAUGCUACCAAGUAUGUGGACGGCGAUCUGGCACAGGUACCAGGUGAGGACGCCGGUGCCAAGACGUACAAACUCGCCGCGUUGUACGAUCGAUACUUUGAGUAUGCAGACGUGCUCAGUACUCAGGGUUUGGUGAAGGAGGCUGUUGCCUUUUUGAAGUUAACGCCGGCAGAUUACAUAGGGUCUGCGUUGGACUGUGCAGGAAUCAGGGAGCGUCUAUUGAUUGCUUCUGGAGAGCGCAAGGUGACCCCAGCUGCUCCUGCAGCAGGCACCAGCCGUGCUGCCAUUCAAUCGGACCUUACGUCUACUAUUACCCCCGCAUCAUUUGGCUACGCCAGCUACCCGCCACCUGUCCCAGCUCAGACAUAUGCGCCUGUUCAAUCCAUCUCUCAGCCAUCCUACGAUCCAUAUGCUGUACCCGCCGCUGCCAGGCCGAUCCACCCCACUUCAGUUCCACAGUCAGGCCAACACCAACAUUUGCCACCGUCCCGUGGUCCUAUACCUUCUGCACCACCGAAACGCAUGCCAAACGGUGGCUGGAAUGAUGCUCCCGUUGUGACCAACGAUCGUCGCGCCUCAUCUUCACUGAAUCUUCAGAAGCCCCUGGCUAUAGUGUCUCCCUUCCCCAAUGCUCCUUCUCCCAGAAUUGCGUCCCCUCCUGCACUUGGCUCCCCACAUGCGGGUGGACAUGGUCAGAACGCUCCUCUUCCCCCUCCGCCACGACCAACAAGUGUGCAAAGUCGGGUGGCACAGCGGAUGAUGCACCCACCACCUCCCUCUCAGACUCGACCUCCUUCCGGGCCUCCUGCUCAUCCACAGGGCAUGCAACCACCCUCAAAUCGGUUGAUGUCUCCCGCCCAACAGCACGCUCCUCUUCCCUCUGUUCCUGGUCCAUACUCCCCGUCCAUGCAGCCCGCUCAGUUGCAGCCUCCUGGGCCGUAUGCGCGUGCUACUCCUCCACCUGGUCCUCUACGGGGCCCUGGACAGCCACUCGGCCCACCUGGACCAUACGCAGCGCCUCCGCCAGGACAAGCUGGUCCUCUGGCACCGCCGCCAGGUCCCUAUGCACCUUCUUCCGGCCAAGCCCAGCAACCACCACCAGGUCCAUACGCACUUCCUCCUGGCCAAGUCCAGCAGCAGCAGCAGCCCCGUGGAAUUUCUCAGGGUCCACUGCGAGUGCCUCCCGCACCACAUCCGCUUGCCGGUCUACCUCCUCAGCAGGGACCUUCUGGAGUUGCAUCAGCCGGAGGUGCCAGCAACACGCAGCCUCCACGUUCUCGACAAGGUCCACCGCCACCAAAAUAUCCCCCUGGAGACCGGGCUCAUAUCCCCGAGUCUGCGUUACCCAUCUUCAAUAUCAUUAACGAGCAACUCACACGGAUGAAGCAGACGACACAACCUCAACAAAGACGAAUGGCCGAUGACCUUGAGCGCCGAAUCAAUUCUCUAUUUGAUGCUUUGAAUUGUGAAACAUUAUCCAGGCCUGUGGUUGACCAGUUGCUUGUUUUGGCCAGAGCCAUGGAGGCGCAUGACCGAGAUGCUGCAUUGUCUAUACAUGUCGACCUUCUCACUCGUGGCUCGCAGACAGACGACAUUGGCUUGUGGAUGUCGGCGAUCAAGCAGCUCAUUAUUCGCAUGUAAAAGUCUGUUACGAGUCGGCUUGAAAUGUGUUGUUUUACUAUCCACAGGACUAUUUAGAUUGACGGUGUCGGAAAUUGUUGAUUCAGUAAUGUUAAGUUUCCUGAGUGUUAGUGGUGAU